AUGAAUCCAUUCAGGGUAUGGAGGUGGCGUAGGUCGGUUCUGCGUGCUUUAUCAGCCAAAAAUAAAAUAGGUUUUAUAGAUGGCACAUGUAAAGAACCUGCUAUUGAUUCCACAGAUCACAAAUUGUGGAGCAGGUGUAAUGACAUGGUGUUGUCUUGGCUCUUAAAUUCACUUUCAAAAGAAAUUUCUGAUAGUGUCAUAUACUCAAAAACUGCCAAAGCUUUAUGGACAGACCUUGAAGAAAGGUUUGGCUGUGGAGGAAAGGAUAAACUAACCAAAUCUAUAUACAAGAUGAGAAGACUUAUGCAUUUUUCGAUGGGUCUAAAUGAUUCAUAUGCAUCAGUUAGAGGAAAUAUGUUGAUUAUCUCACCUCUCCCUAAUGUGAAUGUGGCCUAUUCUAUCUUAAUUCAAGAUGAAAAACAAAGGGAGGUUUAUGUAAAUCAACAGCACCCUGGUGAAUCAUCCUCCUUUUUGGCAAUAAACCAACACAAAUAUACACCCUAUGAUCAGCCUAUUCAAAAAUUUUCUAACUAUGAUCAGUAUAACCAGAAACAUGGAAACUAUGAGCAAAAAGGGAAAGGGAAGUUUGAUACAAGAAAGAACAACCUGAUUUGCUCACAUUGCAAGAAACCUGGUCAUAGUAUAGACAAGUGUUAUGGGAUUGUGGGCUUCCCUGCGGAUUUUAAAUUCACAAAGACAAGGAGAAAUCGUGACUUUGGCACAUAG